GCUCUUCCCCUGGCGGACGUACGAGUCACGACAAACCGAUCCUAUUUAGCGAGGUCUAGCGGCCUUGAGAAGCCAGUGUUAGCAACAAACUCGUUUUGGAAGUUCUACAGCACCUUUUUCAGUGUAAUUUUAUCGACUGGAAACGAAAAUGUUGCAUCCAAGAGGAAAAAGGCGUGAUAACAAGAAAGAGGAUGUGGCAUGUAACCCUCGAUCACCAAAUGCAUCCCCAAAAUCAGACAAGAAACAAAAGAAGAAGAAGGACACAAAGAUGCCUUACGGGGUCAUUGGAGAAUUGAUAGUCAAGAUGUCGGACAAUUUUAGCCAGUACGACUACUCAGUCCUGUGUCGUCACUGCGGCGUCGAGAACCCAGAUGGAAUAGCCUGCUCGCUCACUGGUAGCAUUCCCGACUGGUUAAGGGGUCAGCUGAUCUACAAUGGACCUGGUCUCACCAAGUUCGGCCAGAACGAAUAUCGCCACGCUUUCGAUGCCUCUGCGAUUCUGCAGAAAUUCAACAUAGAGAAGGACAAGGUUACCUACAGCAGCCGAUUCGUUCGAUCCAAGACCUACGAGCAGAACAUGGCCGCCGGAUCUAUCACUAGGGCAGAGUUCGGCACACCUGCUCCUGCUUCCAAGGGCAUGUUCUCAAGAUUUUUAGAUGCUAUGGAUCCUGAAAAGAUGUUCUCUGAUAAUGCCCUGGUCUCGGUCUGCGAGGUUGGAGACAGCUACUAUGCCAUGUGUGAAACUCCCUUCAUGGUGCAAAUCAACCCCAACACACUGGAGACAGAGGACAGAAUAAAUAUUAACAAACGCCAUGGGCUCAUGACCCAGAGCCCUCAUCCUGUGGUAGCCAGUGAUGGUGUCUAUACUGUAGGUCAGAGUGUUGGAGUUACUGGCCCCAAGUACAGUAUUCUGAAGUAUCCUCUGGAUGGAAACCUCAAGCAAGGAAAGAUCAUGACUUCCUUGCCAGCAAGGUGGCGCCUCUCUCCAGCUUAUAUGCACUCCAUGGCUAUGACUGAGAAUUAUGCAAUCUUGAUCGAACAACCCCUGGCUGUCUCCCUUUCUGAGCUCUUGAGUGACAUUGUUAAUAACGCUCCUUUCAUCGAUGGACUGAAGUGGCACAAUGAACCUGUUCUUAUCCAUGUUGUGGACAGGAAGACAUGGAAACCCUUAAAAACUAGAUAUGUUGCUGAUCCCUUCUUCUUCAUGCAUGUUGCCAAUGCAUAUGAAGAUGGUGAGCAUAUUAUCAUGGAUAUUCCAACUUACAAGGAUGCCUCCAUUCUCCACAACAUGUUUAUUACUACCCUGAGGGAACAAAAAGGAAAGUACACCAAGGAGUUUGUCUCUGCCUUCAGGUCAGAGAUGUACAGGUUUGUUAUUCCUCUCAACGUGAAAGGAAAAGAGAAACUGGUUACUCUUCCUGGAACAACCUGUUCAGCUUCAUGGUCAGGACAGGAGAUUUUGCUGCAGAGUGAGAGGGUAACAAGCAUUCCCUUAGAAAACCCAUGUAUUAACCCCAAAAAGAAAGCAGAAAAGCAUCAGUUUAUUUGGGCCAUGGCACCAGAUGGCGAAGGAGGUGAUUUUGGUCAUGUCAUGAAACUUGAUGUCAGUUCAAGAGAAACUCUGUUGUUCAGAGAAGACCACAUUUACUCAGCAGCUCCAGAAUUUGUUGCACGUCCAGGUUCAAAUGCAAAGGAUGAUGGGGUCAUCCUUGUCCAAGGCCUCAACUCCCUAGAUGAGAAGGAAGGUUACUUGUUGGUCCUCGACGCUUCCACUAUGAGUGAACUUGCCAGAGCAACGUUCAGGACUCCCUCUGCAGUCACAAUGCCUCUUCAUGCUCUCUUUAUUCCUGCUGCCCGAUAGAGCUAGAGAUUAUAGAACAGUUCAAAUCAUAGGUGCUACUUGUUCUAGAAUACUUGAUUCAUUUUACAAAAUAGUGGAUAAUGUAAAUCAUUGUAUUGUGGUAUGUUUUUGUGUUUUCCUUAAUACUCAUUUUCUCAGUUUGAAAUGUUUCGAAAUACAAAAGCAUUCCACUACACCAGAUGAUGCCAUGACACAAAUAUAACCCAAUAGGUAAAUAUAUUUUACUAAUUUAAUCUAUCUGAGAGGUUUAAAAGUCUAUUUGUUGUACUUUGUUUGUGUAUCCAUCCUCAGAUACUGAAGAGCUGCCUUGUUGAAUAUGGAAGCAUUUAGGCUGUAUAUGUUAGUUUUGUGUAUGCUUGUUGAAAUGCCUAGCUCUUUGUUUGUCUCACUCACUUCUCUAGGAAGUCAGCUUGCGUGAGAGGAACCAGUCAUGUGGUGAAUGAAACCAUAAGCAUAGUUGAAAUUUUACUUUGUAUAAAAAUUGUUAGUUGAAAUUUUACUUUGUAUAAAAUUUGUUAGCUGAAAUUUUACUUUGUAUAAACAUUGUAAGGCUGUAUUUGCACACAGUUUACGUAUUGGUAAAUAAUGGGACUUCAAUUUUUUAGAUGGUUGUCUAAUACCAAAUUAUUGUAAUUUUAAUUGUAAUUGUGAACUUCAUUUGGGAGUUUAGGAAAUAUGACUUAGUACAUAUUAUGAUUAAUGUUGGUCCUCAUCAAUAAGAUUUAAGCUUAUGAUUGAUGGGCCUUCAAUUUGCGCUCUCUCUCUCUCUCUCUCUCUCUCUCUCUCUCUCUCUCUCUCUCUCUCUCUCUCGUCCUCUCUCGUCUCUCUCUCUCUCUCUCUCUCUCUCUCGAGGUGUAAUUUCAUUUCAGUGCUUUUAUAUGAUAGUUUGUAAUGCUUUGUCUUUGCUUCUAAGCUAAUCAUGCAAUGUCAUCAGCGUAGGGAGAUGACAGCUACUAUAUUAAAAGGAAAAACGUGUUCAUGUUUUUAUUCAAGUUACGUAUGUGUUGUGUGCGUGUGCAUAUAGUAUUGUAUAUAUUCAUUUGAUAACUCAAUAACUCUUAUGUAUUUAAAUACUACACAGAUUCUGAAAGAGUGGGUUAAGCCUCUGUGGGGUCCUAGUCAGAUUUUCAAAGAGCAGCAUCUGCCAAGUUUGAGACUAUUUUCUUCAAGGAAACAGAAUGGAAUCUCGAGACUCCUGUUCUACUAUCAAACAGAACAUAGUCGCUCAACAGUUGUAGAUAUCUGAGGAAUUGUGUAAUGUAAUCUUAAUUAUCUUAACUAUGCUGUGUAAUUGUUGUUUUGUGUACUUUGUCAUGUCGCGUAUUCCUCUUUCCUACCUAUCAAUAGCAUUCAAAGCUGAUUUUCCUAAAAGUGAACAAACUAACUUGUCUGGUUCUCUUUUAAAGCUGACAAAUUUCAUUUAUCUAGGCAUUAUUACCGGAGUUUUGUUUAAGUUUACAUCAUAUUUUAGUUGCUUGCUCAGUUAUCAGCAUUUGAUCUUACAUUUAACAUGUCAUUUUGAAAUGGAGAUUUGAUUUCUCAUCACCAGGUGUAAUUAUAUUUAAAAUGAGGCAUUUACAAUAAAGUAUUUUUUGCAGACAUUUUCUUUGAUAAAUCAUCCAAUAUGGGAAAUUACAUCUUCCACUUAUGUAUACGUUUGAUAUACAUACAUUUAUAUUGUUACAUGUAUGCACAGGGGUCCUGUGUGUUUUUGUAUCAUAUUUUCUAUGAUGCCACAGUUAUUGUACAAGUGAGGAAAUAAACCAUGGUAAAAUUCCUUAAAACUUGAACUGGACUAUUGUAUAAAUUAUACUUUAUGAUCCAAUUAUCCAUUUGUAUUAAGAAUGGUUACAUGAUAUAUCAAGUGAUUAGAAAUAUAUUGAAAAUU